UGUCGCUUUACGGCCGUGUGUUGUUAACAGAGAUGGCGGAUUGAAGAAGAAGCUGUUGUGUUUUUCUCUCUGAGCAAUGGAUAAGAAGAAGCUGCUGGACGUGACGGCGGCCUCGCUGGUCGACCUGAAAGCUGAACUGUUCCGGAAACAAGAGGAAUUCAAGCAUGAGAAGCUUUCCAAGGAGGCCGGCGGUGCUUCUAAGCCAAGAGCCGCCCCCAAGAAACCCAGCAUCUGGAGUAAGCAGAAUUCCGGGGUCACUGCUCGAGCUGAGAGGGAUGUGGAGGAGAAGACUGAAGAAGACGACUCGCUGGAGAAAUCCAGGAGGAGGUUGGAGGAGAAGGCUCAGCUCUAUGAGAAGAUGACCAAAGGAGAUUUUCCUGACGAGGAGACCGAGGAGCUCUACCUGGUGGACUUUGCACAGAAGAUUAUAGACAAGAAGAAAGAAAUACAGGACUUCUGUCUAAAGGAAAGGAAAAAAGCAGAGACCGAUGAAGAGGAGAAGACGCCCGAUCUCCCCAUUCCAGCGCCACAGAACCCUGGGGAAGAAUGGGUGGACUAUGUGGACUCGCUAGGUCGCUCAAGACGUUGUAUGAAGAAAGAUUUACCCGAUCUCUUGAAAAUGGAUAAAGAUCUGCAAGGAAAAAAACCAGUCACACAGGAGAAGACGUUGCUGUCUGAAGACAUGAGGAGGGAGAUCCAGAGACAGCAGUGGGAGCAGGAAGAAGAAGAAGCCUUGAAGAGGCCGAUGGGACCAAUGCAUUAUGAGGACAUAAGAGACAGUGAGGCCAGACAACUUGGUGUCGGGUAUUUCUCUUUUGCACGGGAUGAACAAACUCGCAAGAAGCAGAUGGACACUCUCAAUAUGUUGCGAGAUCAGACCGAGGACCAGAGGGUGAAGCGUGAGAGGUUAAAAGCCAAGCGCAAGGCAACGCUGGAUGCACGGCUCUCCAAACUGCGACAGAGGAAAGUGAAGCAAAUGAAAGGGGAAGGAGCAGAGCUGGAGCCGGUUCAGGAUGAAGAAGAGAACAAAGUGAUUGGACCAGAGCCGGAGGUCCCAGUGAAACCCGAAAGGAAAGUGGAGGUAGUUGUUCAGGAGCGGAAAGACACCAAACCCGGAGUGCCGCAUGUCAGAGAAUGGGACAGAGGCAAAGAAUUCACAUUUGGACGAUGGUCGAAAGUCUGUGACGACCUAAGAAAUGAGCGUGACGCUGAAUUCGCACCUCCAUCCUUCUAUGCCGCAGAUCAGCGGAAAUCCGAGAAGUUUCAGAACAAAUGGAAGCAAGCCGGACCCUCUUAUGAAGAGACCAGCUCAGGUCCUGCAUAUGACUAUCACUCACAGGAGGAGCUGGGCCCCCAGCAGCAGGGGCCCCUGGACGACAAGAGCUUAGAUGAGAUGUUGUCAUACUAUAGAAAGGUGUCCUGACUCUACGGGGGAAGCCGGCCCCCGACCGUUGUACAGAGGGACUGAGGAGUACAUCAAAUUAUUUACAUAAAACUUCCGGUUCUUGUGCCAUUUACACUUAGUGUGUGGUUAUGAGGCCGCCACUAGGGGGAGCGUCGGAGCAUGCUACUGACAAAUUUAAAGGAGUUUGUCUGGGAUUUUGUAAAAUUUGCAAACAAGCAGGGAUUGGUAUAUAAUAA